CUCUAACUCAUUUAUUCAAACCCUUUCUCUAAAAAAAGCAAACUGCUUCUCUCCUUUCCCAUCUCCCUAUUUUUUUGACUCCCUGGGUUUCCCUCUGCUCAUCAAAAUAACCAAUCAAGCCAUAUGGUAAAACAGCAAAAGGAAGACCUUGCUGUGGCAAUCAUUAACUCUCUCCAAGCCCGGGAUAAAGAGGAAGAGAAAGAGCUUGACCUCGGAUCUGAAGAGCCUGAGGUUCCAUUGCCCCUUACUCUCACUUCCAGGGUUUUAUACAUGUUGGGAGACAUAACUGCUGCACAGGCACAAAAGUUCAGCCAAUGGUUGGAACUGGUCCGUAAAAGAAGCGGGAGAUACCGAUCUUCUGGCUUCCAACACUCCCACAAGCUCGAUUUUAUGCCAUUUAGUGCAGAAGAAUCGUCUGCUAAUUCAAAGGGUCGUCUGCCUCCUGAACAAGCUCCUGAAAUUAGUUUGUGGGAAAGACUAGUUAAAGCUUCCAUGUUGGACAUUGAAUCAAGCUCUUUUUCAUGGGACAUGCUUUCUUCACUUCACCGUGCCGAGCAUAGCAGCAGCACUGAGCAUUCUGAGGAUGAACAAAAUAAAGCCCUUGAGGUCACUGUAAAUUCUGGGGGAGUUGUUUUCUUUGCAUUAUUCAACCAACCUGGGAUUGGUGAUUCUUCUCCAAAUGAAGCAGCUGCUGUUAUAAAAUUUUCAUCUUCAAGGAUGGCCACACAAUCAGAACGCCUUGGGUAUGAAUUUGCAAAGUGGCUAGGAGUCCGAACCCCUCAGGCAAGAGUCAUCCAUAAUUCGAGCCCAGAGUGGCUUCAAAUCAAGGAAGCAGCAGAAAAAACAAGAGUUAGAGCAACUUCAGAAGGAGAUGAAGUAGGUGAAGUCAUAUGUUCAGAACUCCUGGAGGCUCUUGAACUUAGCCGAUGUCUCCUUCUAAUGAGUUAUGUUCAUGGGUCUCCAUUAAUGGAAAGCUCAAGUGCAUUUGAGUCACAGGAAACUGCAGAAAAAACUGCAGCAGCUCUCGGCAGGAUCUUGUUGCUAGACCUUGUCAUCAGAAAUGAAGAUAGACUUCCUUGCCGUCAACUAAGAUGGCGUGGAAAUACUGCCAAUCUGUUGUUAGCAGACAAAAUGUCUUCUGCAAAUACGGACACUUUGGAAGAACUGUUUGAUUCUGCAGUUAAUCACUACCGUCCAAGGAUGAUUAGAGCUCUUCAAAAAGAAAGAAGGUCAAGUUCAGUACUGGUAUCACAGGGCUCUGAUCUUUCUGAAAUCUUAGAAUCACCAAAAUUUUGUGAAAUGAGCCUAAGAAGUGAAGGAUCUGGGGAAUUAAUCUUUUCUCAUUCUCACAUUGUUGCUAUAGACUCAGGUGUUCCCCGCAGACCUCCUGCUGGCAAACGUGCUAAUGACCAUGCAGUUUAUCCAAAGUUGGUUGAGUUACUUCUCAACUGCUCUGACUACUCUUCUAAUCUUCUACAUGAUGUAACGGUUGGAAAAUUAGGUACUCCUUCCUCAGAAGAUGCUGACACAACUGAUACACAUGCAACCGAAAUGACAUCAGCUGUUCAGGGAUUUCAUAGUGGCUUCCGUGCUGCUUUAAGGGAUUUGCAGGGUUUCCAUAUAUUCUUACUCACACUUCACCAGAAACUAGACAACUUGUUAAGACAAUUUUUGAGCAUUAUAAACAAAACACUGUCAGUGGACUAUGAGAAGGAGGAUUGUGUUAAUCUUGAGUCACCUUUUCCACCUGUUGUUCCUGGAGAUGUUUCUUCUCAAUUUCCUCCUAACAAGGAACGGGUCCUUAGUGAUAAUCAACCAGAAUAUGGUGAUUCAGAGUCACAGAGGACAGCUCCUAAGUCAUCAUCUUCAGGUCAUAAAGAAAGCACAGACUCUAGUUCUCCAAUGUCACGGGAAAGUUGGCAAGGAAAGUGCCAUAGAGGAAAUGCAGAGCAGCUUCGUAGCCUGCGUUUAACAGCUAAGCUCCGUGACUUCCAUAAAUUUGCCAAGGUUGAUGCUGAGUCAAGUAAAGAACUGGAACAGUGGAACGAGAUGCUCAAAAAUGAUGUGGUCAAACUCUGCCAGGAGAACAAUUUUAUUUCAGGAUUUUUUGAGGGUAGUGAUAGUCAUAGCGUUGUAGAUGCUUACGAACUGAAGGUCAGGCUAGAGCACAUUCUUGAGAGAAUUGGAUUGAUAUCUGAGGCUGCCAACACAGAGAAGCCUUCUUUAAUCACUCAUAGUGAAAUUGGACAGUCUGACUGUCAGUACCCUGACCUUUUUCAGUAUAAAAACUAUUCUAUUUGUGACAGUGAAGAUACAAACAUUGGCAGUAUCUUUGAAGAAGCAUCAGAUUUUAUUGAUCAUGUUGAACAAACAGGUGGAAAGGUCCUAGUCCAUUGCUUUGAAGGAAGAAGUAGGAGUGCCACAUUAGUACUAGCAUACUUGAUGCUUCGAAAGAACUUAACUCUGUUAGAAGCUUGGACUGCCCUGAAGCGAGUUCAUCGCAGAGCCCAGCCUAAUGAUGGGUUUGCCAAGAUCCUACUGGAUCUUGAUCUGAAACUGCAUGGGAAAGUUUCAAUGGAGUGGCAUCAAAGAAAACCACUAAUGAAAGUCUGUCCCAUCUGUGGGAAGAAUGCUGGUCUGAGCAGCAGCUCACUCAAGCUUCAUUUGCAGAAAUCACACAAGCGGUUCUCAUCAGGGAGUGUGGACAGUGCAAUGACGAUAGAAAUUCAAAAGGCUCUUGAUGCGCUCAAAAUAAACCGUAGUGGUAGCGUCAGCCCCACUCCAAGGCAGUCUCAUUCAGUUAUGGAUGCAUAGAACUAGCAACUAGCUAGUUCAGUUUAGCGUGAAGGAGUGAACUGAUGAAUUGUUAUUUCUUCAUAAAUUAUUAAUAGGGGA